AAUGAUGUUUGUCAAAAGCCAUAUGUUUAGUCUGGUGUAGUUCUACAUCUUUUUUUUAACAUGUCCUAACAUGAACUAAAGUGAGAUUGUGUAAAAUGUUCUGCACUGUGUUUCUCUCUUCAGGGUUCAGUGCUGAGAUCUCUGUGUUUGUGCAGAUGGGAGCUUCUGUUCAACUGGAUAUACACACACAAGAACUACCAAAGAUUAAUGUCUUCAUAUGGGAAAAAGACAAAUCAACAACUAUAGUUGCAUAUAUAACUGCAAUAAAACAAGUGUUACCUGAAAGUUCUUAUGAGAAGAGAGUAGAGUUUAACACUGAAACCUUCUCUGUGACACUGAAAAACAUGCAAAAAACAGACAGUGGACUCUACAGAGCAAGAUCAGUACAAGAUGAUGAUAAAUUCUUUGCUGAAUACAGAGUAUCUAUUAUAGAUGCUGUGGAGGCUCCUGUCCUGACUUUAAACUCAAACUGGUCCAGCAGUGACUCCUGUACUGUGAACUUCACAUGCAGAGCUCAUGAGCUCAUGAUUAACUCUAGAUAUCAGAACAACAGUUGCUCUACAGAGGAAGUGACAUCAAAUGGGAUCAACACUCUCAUCCUGUACUGCAGUGAGAACUCCAUCACCUGUAACCACAGCAACGCUGUCAGCUGGAAAGAAGACAGAAUAAACAUCACACAGCUCUGUGAAGGUAAAUAUCUGAUUCAACAUUAA